AUGUGCUCGUCAGCCCACUUUUCCGGCUCUGACAACUUUCAGCUCCAGUCAGAUGAGUUUGCAUCCUGGCUAUCCUCUAGACCUGGUGUCACGGUCAGUCCCAAAAUCCGCAUCGCAGACCUCCGAGCAAUCGCUGCUGGACGAGGCGUCGUGGCUCAAGCCGACAUAGUUGAAGGCGAAGAACUUUUCACCAUCCCGCGAGACCUAGUCCUUUCGACCCACAGUUCAAAACUGAGCCAUCUGCUCUCCCAAAACCUCGAAGAGCUCGGACCAUGGCUGGCUCUUAUGCUGGUUAUGAUGUACGAGUUCCUGCAGGGCGAUGCAUCGACGUGGGCACCAUAUUUCAAGGUUCUUCCUCGCAGCUUUGACACGCUUAUGUUCUGGUCCGAAGAAGAGCUCGCGGAGCUUCAGGGGAGCGCGGUCAUGGAUAAGAUUGGGAAACAGGGGGCUGAGGACCUUAUUUUGGGAUCUAUUGCUCCUAUUGUGAGGUCAAAUCCUGCUCUUUUCCCCCCGAUUGAGGGGCUCGCUUCGUACGACGGUGAUGCAGGUACCCAGGUGCUUUUGAACCUCGCUCAUACAAUGGGGUCUCUGAUCAUGGCCUAUGCAUUCGACGUUGAGAAGCCUGAGAAUGAGGAGCGUGAUGGUGAAGAUGGAUACUUGACCGAUGAGGAAGAGGAGCAGUAUUUCAAGGGCAUGGUGCCACUCGCUGACAUCCUUAAUGCGGAUGCGGACCGGAACAAUGCACGUCUCUUUCAGGAAGAAGAAUUCCUGGUCAUGAAGGCGAUCAAGUCCAUCAAAGCUGGGGAGGAGAUUUUUAACGACUAUGGCGAAAUCCCUCGUGCCGACCUUUUAAGGCGAUAUGGAUAUGUCACCGAUAACUACGCUCCAUACGAUGUCGUCGAGCUUUCACUCAAUCAGCUCUGCUCCGCCGCCGGUCUGUCCAACUCGAGCAUUGAGCAUCAGCCACGGCUCCAACUUCUUGAAAGCUUAGACCUCCUCGACGAUGGUUACGCCAUUCCAAGACCAUCAUCGACCGAUUCUCUGUCAGAUAUCAUCCCCGAGGAGCUUGCCCUCCUUGUCAAGACCCUAACAUUAUCACCCGAACGAUUCUCCGAACGGCAACAGAAGCAAAAACCACCCAAGCCAUCCCUUGAUGCCGCAGAGGCCAGGCUGCUCUACAGUGCAGUUCAGCUGAAUCAGAGCCGAUAUGCGACCUCAAUAGCACAGGACCAGGAGCUUCUCGCCCAGCUUUCCCAAACAGAGGCCGCUAUUGGUACCCUUGAAGGGCCUACCCGGCGGCGGAAAAUGGCUAUUCAGGUGCGCUUGGGCGAGAAGGAGAUUUUGCAGGAUCUCUCUAUCAAACUAAGUGCCUAUCUCGCAAACGCCGAUGGCUCCAACUCUGGCUCUGCAAAGCGCACAGCAAGCGGCUUUGCCGACGAUUUGAGACGAGCGAAGGCUCCAAGGACUUGA